GCAUCGUAUGUGCCUUCUUCUCUGGGUCACCCCUGCAAAUCGCUAGCUUUUCGCCGCCUUCUACGACUGCCUAGAUCCUCUCUCUCUCUCUGUAUUAAAGUUGGAGAACUUUAGUUCUUUUGCUUCAAGCUCAAAGACAACUGGUUGGUGAAGAUCAUAGCUUUGAUAAAGCUAUGUGAAUACAUAUGGAUUAGCGUUAUGUUGGUGGGUUCGAGGAAUUAUCAUUGCCCAGAAACGUAAAGUUUUGUGUUUUCUGGCAAUGAAUUCCACUAAUAAUGGUUCACAUGGCAUCAUCAAAUGAUACAAGUCUUGAAUAAGAACCUACAAUUCACCAGAACACUCUUGUUGACAUCUUUUACUCCAACCAAGUGCUGAAAUUAGGGGCUUUUUCUCAGUAGUAGUUUUGUCGGCUCCUCAUCAUGCCUUUAUCGGAGUUCUAUAGAAUGGCGAGAGGGAGCCUUGAAUCUGCUCAACCGAAGACAAUGGCUCUUUCAACUGAUCGAUCUCAUGGACCCGAUAAUGAGCUUGUGGAGCUAGUAUGGGAAAACGGACAGAUCAUGAUGCAAGGACAAUCUAGUAGAGCUAGGAGAAACUCUACUAACAAUUUUCAAUCUCAGACUCCAAAACAUCGAGGUAAAGAUCUAGGGAACAACGCUAACAAUUUAAAGAUGGGACGAUUUGGGGUAAUGGAUUCUGUUUUGGAUGAUUUUGCAACAGAGGUUCAGUUAGGGGAAAUGGGAUUGGAACAAGACGAUGACAUGGUGCCUUGGUUGAGCUAUCCCAUUGAUGAUUCUCUACAACACGAUUACUGCUCUGAAUUAUUGCCCGAAUUAUCUGGUGUAACUGUUAAUGAGCUCUCUUCCCAGAAUAGUUUUGCAUCGAUGGAUAAGAGAAACAGUGGUAACCAGACAAUUAGGGGUUCACAUUUAAGUUUAGAGCAAGCAAAUGCACCAAAGGUUUCUUCUUUAGAAGUUGGCGAGUCUUUGAGAUCGAGGAGUGGCCAGUUCAAUCCAUGGUCAUUCCAUGAAAGUCAAACAUUGGAUCCAUCUCUUACAUCAGGAGUUUCGAGUAUAAUUAGCAAUAAUGCCAGCAAUACCAAGCACGGUGUUUGUGGGGAUUCGAUUCAGGCUCAAGCUUCAGGACUUCCUAACAUAAAGACUCAGAAGCAAGAUUCGGGACUGCCAAACACUAACGCUAGCAUUAUGAACUUCUCUCAUUUUUCCAGGCCCGCAGCUCUUGUUCGAGCUAAUCUUCAAAAUGUUGGUGCUAUGGCCACUCCGGGUACAUCGGGCACAGAAGUGAUGGCGGGUAAGAAUAAGGGUACAGCUCCAAGUACUGGCAAUCUUGCUGAUUCCGCUCUUCUCGAUUUGAGUAGUGGAUUAAGAAAUGAAAUGGGUUCCCUUAAUCAACGUAAUUUGGUGCCACCUAAGGUAGAUUCAAAAUCAGUGGCAGCUGCACUUGAGGAUUCACAUACCACUGGACAAUCUGAAGCUGUUUGUCGAGAAGAUGUUGUUAAGAAUGACAAGUCACCAAAACAAAUUCUUGGUUCAACUGCAAAGACUGUAGAGCCCGUAGUUGCUUCUUCAUCUGUAUGUUCUGGCAAUAGUGCAGAGAGAGCUUCUAAUGAUCCGAAUCCAACGCAUAAUUUGAAGAGAAAAUGCCAUGAGACUGACGACUCUGAAGGCAGAAGUGAAGAUGUUGAAGAAGAAUCAGUAGGUAUAAGAAAAGCAGCUCCUGCUCGAGGAGGUGCAGGGUCCAAAAGAAGCCGAGCUGCAGAAGUGCACAAUUUAUCUGAAAGGAGACGAAGAGAUAGGAUUAAUGAAAAGAUGCGUGCAUUACAAGAACUCAUACCCAACUGCAACAAGGUGGACAAAGCUUCAAUGCUUGAUGAAGCAAUAGAGUAUUUGAAGACACUUCAACUCCAAGUACAGAUUAUGUCUAUGGGAGCUGGGUUAUAUAUGCCACCGAUGAUGUUACCACCUGGAAUGCAACAUGUACAUCCAGCUCAUAUGGCACAUUUCUCACCCAUGAGUGUUGGAAUGGGAAUGGGAAUGGGAAUGGGUAUGGGCAUGGGCAUGGGUUUUGGGAUGGGUAUGAUGGACAUGAAUGGUGGAUCUACUAUGUGCCCUAUGAUUCAGAUGCCCCACGUGCAAGGUCAUUUCCCGGCUCCGCGUCCACCGCCCAUUUCGGGGCCAGCUAGUUUCCAUGGGAUGGUGGGGCCUAACCUUCAGGCUUUUGGGCAUCUGGGUCAAGGACUUGCCAUGUCAGCACCACGUGCACCCUUGGUUCCUUUCUCAGGAGGGCCUCCUAUAAAUUCAGCUGUGGAACUGAAUGCCUCUGGGGUGGCUGCUCCUGUGGAAGUUCCAAAUUCAGCUCCAUCCUCAAACUCAAAAGACUUGAGAGAGCACACUAACAAUACAGAUGCCAGUUGCCCAAUGAACCAGACAUCUGGUCAGUGUCAGGCAAAAAACGAGGGUUUUGAACAGUGUUCUGUAGUGCUUAAAAAUGAUCAACCUCAAGAUGUCGGCAGCAGUGAAGAUGUUAACUUGACCAAGGAAAAUGACAUUGUACCAGGUGGUGACUGACAUCCAGUGCUAAACUCGUCAUCAGAGAAGGCAGAAUCAUUUUUGAGUCUAUUGGAUUCGAACUUUAUGUUCAUUUCAUGUUUGUACGGGUGUAGUUUGUAACCACCAUCUGAGUUCUAGUUGGACUGUAAUGCUACAAGUUGCACAGGUUUUGGUAUGUUCAAGAGACUCGAAAUCUCUCUGUUGUGUACAUUAAUAUACGUCUCUCCCGUGCAUUUGGUGCAAUCAGAAGAAUUGAUUUUCGUAGUAUAUGUAUUUAGAACUGUAUUCUGGAACCAUUCUUUGAAUUAAUGAAACAGUAGCUAUCUUACAAUA